CUGCACUCUUUUUUAGAUGAAACGCGUUUAAGAAAUUAUCUGAUUGCUGAAUAAGAUUUCUGGUUGAUACUAUAUAAUAGUGGAAGGGUAUAGGACAAAAUUGUAGUUCAUUGAAUUCCUGCCAAGUACCCUUCACCGAGUGGUUCGGGCUUGAUAAAAUGAAACUCCUUGCACUCUUUUUCGUUAUCGCCGUCGGAUAUUGUGUCGGAAAGUCAGUUGAAGGACCUCGCCGUGCCCUCGUUAACAUCCAGGGAAGCGUCGGUGAUGUCAGUGGCAAACUCCUGCUUGAACAAGCUUCAAUCAAUAGCCCUGUCAAGAUAAGAGGUGUCAUUUACGGCCUAGAGCCAGGUCUACACGCCAUCCAUGCCCACUCUGGACCUUCAAUGGGAGCUCAGUGUGAAAAUGUUGGCGAGCGACUCUUCGAUGCUGAAAAGCGUGAGAACGAGAAGCUGGUUGGCCAUCUUGGAAAUGUCAAGACCUUUACGGGAGUGCCUUCUCGCACCGAUAUCAGCCUGAUCUCUUCGUUGGUAUCACUCUACGAAAACAAUGCCCGCAGCAUCUUGAAUGAAGUUCUUGUCAUCCACUCCCUUCCCGAUGAUCUCUCCCUUAUCGCCAAAAAGAAUGCUAAGGAUUUGCCAGAAAGCCACAUCCUGGCUUGUGGUUUGAUUCUUCCCAACAAAAUUGAGGCCUCUCAGUCCAUUGAGAAAGAAUCCAUUCUCCAGGGACUGGAAACUCCUUUCAGAAUCAAGAACAUUGAACAAAGAAUCUUGAACGGCGAACAGUCCUGGGAAAAUGUCAACCACCCUCACUACGGUGGUGACGCCAGAAAGGUGCCCUCCAACCUGAACUUGGAAGGAAUCGAACGCCCCGUCACCGUCGAUAGACUUACCCUUGAAAAUGCCGCUCCUACUCGCAAAGUUUGGAUGGCCGGUUACACCUACGAAUACGAUUACGCUGGCUGGACUUCAACUGGUAUCAUGGGCAUUAGCACCAAGGUGUCUGGUGGAUCCAUCAAGGGACGUUUGACUAUCGAACCCGUCGACGAGAGCACCAUCGUCGUUGCUCUUCUUUCCACCAAGGGAAAGCAAUUCAACGAAGAUGUUAUGGAGAAAUACUCUGAAGUCGACCCCGGACAGGAAGUUCGCAUUAUCGACCAAGAGCACCUUGAGAAACCCUUCCAAGUCAAGUUUGUCGCUGGCAAGGUUGAAACUGUCUCCAUUGGCAAAGAAGAGCCCUUGUGGAUCGUCAACUUCAAGCGCGCUUUGGCCGCCCAGAUCCAACUCCAACUCGAUGGAGCUUCUGGAGUCUUCCAUCAGGGUGAACACGACAACUACUAUGCCGAAAACACCGUCUACCACGCCAUGGAGGGAUCCGUGACUGGCGAGUGCGAAACCUGGUACCACAUCAGCCGCUUGCCUGUCGAGGCUGUCGAGGCUGAGCCCAAGCUUUUGCCCGCUCCCGAACUUUGCCAGAACUUCCCCGUCUACGAAAUCGUGAAGAACCGCGAUUUGGACAGUUGCCGCAUUCUGCCCGUCUUCAACUACAACAGCAACCAAGGACUUCGUUGCAACUUGGUUAACGGUGCUGGUUGCGAGAACAAAAUUUCGCACACCGACACCGUUAGAAUCAUCGGUUGUACCUCUGCUGAGGGACACUUCAUCGUCCAGCGCAUCAAGUCCAUUGACAAGUUGGUCGUCAAGCCCUUCAGCUAUGAGACCGAAGCCACUGAAGGUUUGACCAUCCAGCACUUGACCCUGAGAUCUGCCACCCCUACUGGUUACUCCAAGUUGGUUUCCCGCAUCUCCGCCGAUGUUCACAUCUACCAGACUUUGGCCUACUCUUACGAUGAUGACUACAAGACCCACGGACCUCUUAUGGGCAAGCCCACUCUCCGCAACGUCAACUCGCCCAUGAUCAUGGAAGUCGAGCCUGAGAUCCUGAAGAAGGAGGCCCUCCGCUUGCUCUCCGAAAUCAUCAGCGACGUCGAGUCUGAGUCUUACUACGUCGACCCCGCCACCAAGAACACCUCUGACAAGAUUAACAUGCUCCGCAGAGUGUUGGCAUCUUUGGAUUACAGCGAGUUGAUGGCUUUCGUCGCCAAGGUCUGGGAGACCAAGGAAUGGAGCACCUCAAACCAAAUCGUUGUCGAUACCCUGAUGCUCUCCGGCACCAAUCCUUCCUUGAUGUUGGUCCGUGAAUGGAUCCUCCAGGGUAAGAUUGUUGGCGAACAAGCCGUCCAGGCCAUCUCUGCCCUCGUCCCUACUGUUGAGACUCCCACCAAGGAGCUUUUGACCAGCUUCAUGGAAUUCUUGAAGUCCGAAGUCGUCCAGAGCCACCGCCAGCUCAAGAUCACUACUGCCUUGUCUCUGUCUCGUUUGGUCUACCAGGCCUGCGUCAACAGCACCCUCGGCUUGAACAUGUUCCCCAAGUUGGUUAUGGGCGAAUUCUGCAACCCCAGCGACUCCAUUGUCGCCAGCCAAUUGGUCCCCUACUUGGCCGAACAGGCUAAGAUCGCCAGAGAUGCCGGCGAGCGCAUGGCUUUCCUGACCGCUUUGGGCAACAUCGGCCACGAAAUUAUCGUUCCCUUCGUCAAACCUUUCAUCACCUCCUGCGAGCCCAGCUCUCACUACGAGAGCGAAUGGUACGAGCGCAACCAACGCGACUUGGUCAACUUGUCCAAGAAGGAGAUGAGGAAGAAGUGGAUCGAAGCCAAGAAAUCCCUCAACUCAAAGAAAUCCGAAAAGGAAGAGGAGGACAUUGUCCUGUCCCGCUUCGAGUCCGAGGACUUUGAAGAUGAGGCUCUAUGCAACCUUGUCCGCGCCAAGGCUAUCUUCGCCCUGAGCACUUUGGCUGUUGAAAAGAAGGAAAUCGUCGGCACUCUGCUGAUGCCCAUCUUCUUCAACAAGGCUGAAGAAACCGAGGUCCGCUUGGCCGCCCUGACCCUGCUCUUCGUCAGCAACCCACCCCAGGCUUUCUGGUCCCGCGUUGCUUUGAGCACCUGGUACGAGCCCAACGACCAGAUCUCCCACUUCAUCUACACCACCAUCGCCAGCAAAGCUGUCAACAAGAACCCGCUCAACCGCGAGGAGACUGUCCGCGCUGAAGCCGUCGUUGCUCUGAUGAGGCCCAUGUUCUGGACUUCCCACGCUGCCCUCAACUACCAAAAGGCCGGUUACUCCGAGAAGACCCGUUUGGGCUACUUGACCGAGACCGUCAACUUCCCCGGCUUCGAGUCCUUCAUCCCCUCUCACCACUACAGCAGCUGGUCCGUCGCCAUGGGACCUUGGUUCACCAAGUUGAUGGAAUUCUCCAUUGACAGCAAGCACGCCGAAAAGUUCAUCGACCGUCUGGUUGGUAAACCCGGUCUUCGCUUCAAGGCCAACAAGGACGAAUCCUCCAUCAUCAGCCCCGAGUUGGAGAAAAUCCACGAGGAACUGAAAAUUGAGGCCCGCGCCACCGGCCAGCCCGAGCUCUACAUCUACCUGAACUUCUUGGACAACUACCAACGCUUCUUCACCAUCAACCCUACCACCGUCUUCAAGAUGAUCGAGAGACAGAUCCUUCAGAAGGGAUUCCGCGAGAACGCCGGAAAAUUGGAGAUCAAUUUCCACAAAUACUUGCCUCUUUUGGACUCUUUCGCCCGCAUUCCCUCUUCGAUGGGUUUGGCUUACUCAUGGGCCAGCCACCACAGCGUCUUUGUUUCCCUGAAGUCGAACAUUGAGGGUGGUUUUGCCAUGUCCUCUCUCAGCGCCAAGUUGGAAGGUGCUUUGAAGCCCGUCAUCGUUUCCAAGAUGACCACCCGCCUGAUGGUUGAGACUCCCUUCGCCCGCUCUUACCCCACCACCGGUGUCGAUAUGGAAUGGGCUGCUGCUCUCCCAGGUCGCUUCUCCGUCGAAGGUGAAGUCAAGACUGGCAAGAUCCAGACCGCUUGGGAAAUCUUGGGCGAUAAGCUCCGCAUCGUCAAGCACUCCAUUAUUCCCUUCACCACCAUCCGCAAGAUCAGCGACUUCACCCCCGCUAUCCUCCUCGCCGAGACCAAGCGCAUCACUUAUGUCGAAGAGCCCAAGGAGAACAAGGUCGUCUUCGGUGAGAAGCACCUCGGCAUGAACUUCGUUUGGGUUGAGCGUGGUGAGCCUUUGGCUGCCAACCAGCCUUGGGCUUACACCAAGGACUGGUUCGGUACUCUGGCUUUCUGGGCCCUGCCAUCCACCAUCCGCCAACGUGAAUGGAGCUUGUGGCUCGAUAUGGCCUCAUCCGAGACCAAGGCCAUCAAGACCAUCGUCGCUAUCUCUACCAAAUCUGACUCCAAGUUCGAGACCCCCCUUGCUGGCCACCUCCACGCCAAGUCCCUCUUUGACACCGUCUACGGCGAACAGAUCCAGAGUGAACAGUACUUGAAACAACAAGACAGCCAAUGGGAAUCCCAAAAGUUCCAACACGUCUUCCAGACUCUGACCAACCCCACUGGCUACUCCUUGGAUUUCACCGCUGAGCUUGUCCCCAAGUCAUCUUCCAUCAAGGCCCGUCGUAUCGGUUCUUCCAUUGCCUAUGGCAUGGACGGCAAAUCCCACCGCGGAAGCCUCAUGAUGGAAAGACGCGAUGAAGUCGAGGGCCAGAACAACUUCGUUCUGUGCGCCGAGGUUGACGCUCAAUUCCCCGAAAACUUGAUCUUCAAGCGCAAAGAGCUCAUCAAGGAUGAAGCCGAGCGCCGCUCCACUGUCAAGAUUGGCUUCGGCAAGUCUUGCACUGAAGAUCGCAAGAUCACUGUCGCCACUACCUGGGCUCGCAGCGAGGAGGACAUGUCCCCCACUCUGCGCAACAAAUGGGAACAGACCCAGUGCCGCAAACAGGAGAUCCAGGGCCGCAGCAUGAGCGAUGAAUGCAUCGCUGCUCGCCGUCUUUCUUCCAUCUUGAACAAGGCCGUUAUGACCAUCAACUACAACGAGAUGCCCGCUGUUGUCCGCAAUGUCACUGUCAAGGCCUCCAACCUCGUCCGCAACUGGUGGGGUUCUUACAUGUCCGACAACCAAGUGGAAGUUAAGAACACUGCUAACCAGAUCACCAUCGAAGGUCUCUACUACCCAUUGGCCGGCUCCAUGGAUGUUAAGUUGUACAAACCCUGGUCCAACGUCUUCUUCCGCGGAAUCGAAGUCCACCCCGUCGCUGAGGUUUUCUUGCCUAAGCGCAUGGCCGUUCCCCGUUCCGUCUUGGCUGCCCCCGGCGUUUGCUUGAUUGGUUCUGAGACUGUCACCACUUUCGAUGGCCUGUUCUACAACGCCUCUUUCGCUGGCUGCGACCAAGUCUUGACCAAGGAUUGCUCUGGCCGUCACAAGUUCGCCGUUCUGUCUCGCGUUGAAGGAGACAAGAAAGUCGUUACUGUUCUGUUGAACAAAGAGAAAAUCGAAAUCUUCCCUGCCCAACAGAAGGUGAAGGUCAACGGAAUGGAAAUCUCCGUCAGCAGUGAAUCUUACACUGUUAAGAACGCCGAAAAAGAGGUUUUGGCCGUCAUCAAGAAAACCGCCGACAACUUCAUCGAAGUCGACUCACCCCUCUCCCAUAUGAUCCGCGUUUUGACUGACGCCAAGGAAGUCGUCGUUUUGGCUUCUCCCAUCCAUCGCGGUCGUCUGUGUGGUCUUUGCGGCUCUCAGACUGGCAACAAGGUCACCGAUUUGACUGGUCCUCGCCAGUGCUCUAUUCCCCGUGACCUAAUGGAUGUCGCCUAUGAGUUGAAACACCCCGCCGGAUGCAAGAGCGACAUUUCUUCUAGAGAUAUUGCUGAGCUCCGCCGUAUCCAAGAAGAGUGCUUGAAGGAGAAAUCCGAGACCGUUUUCGGUAUCAGCGAUGUUUCGCCCUUGUUGCCCAAAUUCCAACAGAACAUCUUGUCUAGCCAGACCAUCCGCCGCCCUUCGCAGUGGACUGUCUACCGCAACAAAAUGGUCGUCCAGGAUAACAAGCGUUGCUUCUCCACCGAAUCAGUCCCCAAGUGCGCUGAGGGAGCUCGCGCUCAAGAGACCGUUGAGAAGAAGUUGGGCUUCCACUGCCUUCCCAAGAACGUCUUGUCCGAGCAGCUGAAUGAGGAGAUGUUGACUCGUCCCCUCGAUGAGCUGAUGGGCAAGCAAGUUGACAUUAUCCGUGUCUUCAAUGUCCCCACUUCAUGCGUCGCUUUCUAAGCUACGGCAAUUAGCACUACAAAAUGGAUUUAGUUGUAGUUAAUAAAUAGAUAGCAUGCGAAAUAUAAUAUUUACUAAUGAGUUUCAGAAACAAUUUUUGAAAUACAAAUGAAGUAUGAAAACCAA